AUGUCUAUUGGGUUCAGUAACACUAACCUUCACCUGCUCCCCAACUACCAAACUCUAUGGGAAAAUGUUCAAAAAGCGAUUACCGUAGAUAUGAAAAAUAUGAUUUGUAGAUAUAAAAAAUAUGAUUUGUGGUAUAGUGAUAAAAAUUCAACAAUUGACAACAUUUUUUUAAAUCUUUAA